ACCAACUGCGCAUAUGAGUUUUACGCUUGGUACACAUUUUGCGCUCGAGUUGCACCGAUCUGAGUGGGUCAAUUCUAUAGAUAUAUAAGUAUAUAUUUCUAGGAUCAAAUUACACUUUUGGGAGGAUUUUUUUUUUCGUAGGAUGAACUCUCGUUCUUUUUGGUACGACUGAAACAUACUCGAGAUUUUACUAUGAAGCAGUUCAAUGGAUUACAAGGUUUCCAAAGUGACAUAGAAAUGCGCGGCUCUUUACAGUUUUGACUCAUUGAAUUUGUUGCGAUCACACAGCCCGGGAUUUUUAGCCCUCUUAAACAUGGAGGCUCCUUCCAGCUUUCAGCCGCAUCCAGGACUUCAGCAAACUCUGAAGCAGUUUCACCUGAGUUCAAUGAUCUCUCUCGGCGGACCGGCCGCCUUCUCGGCCCGGUGGCAGCAGGACAUGCUGUUUAAGAAGGACGGCAAGAGCGCGGAGAGCGCGGAGGUGGUCGUGAACCUCCCCGCGGAGACACCCGCGGUCAUGCCGGGGCCCCUCUUCAUCCCGUCCGACCGCUCUACCGAGAGGUGCGAGACGGUCCUGGAACGCGAGACCAUCUCGUGCUUCGUGGUGGGCGGCGAGAAGCGCCUCUGCCUGCCGCAGAUUCUCAACAGCGUCCUGCGGGACUUUUCCCUCCAGCAGAUAAAUUCGGUAUGUGACGACCUCCACAUCUACUGCUCCAGGUGCACGGCGGAUCAGCUGGAGAUCCUCAAAGUUAUGGGCAUCCUGCCUUUCUCGGCACCCUCGUGUGGACUCAUCACCCAAACGGACGCCGAGCGGCUCUGCAAUGCGCUCAUCUACGGCGGUACGUUCCCUCCGCACGCCGACAAGGAGUUCUCGUGCUCCAUAGAGCUGGAGCGAACGGAGAACAGCUUCAAAGUUUACCACGAAUGCUUUGGUAAGUGCAAGGGCCUGUUCGUGCCAGAACUCUACUCGAACCCCAACGCAGCGUGCAUACAGUGCUUGGACUGCAGGCUCAUGUUCCCGACCCAAAAGUUCGUUGUUCACAGUCACAAAAGGCAAGAGAACAGAACCUGUCACUGGGGUUUCGACUCCUCGAACUGGAGGGCUUAUAUUCUUCUAGAUCAGGACUAUACCGAGAGAGAGGAGAGCAGCACACUGCAGAAGCUCCUCGACGAAUUAAAGGGAAAAUUUGACCCGAGGAACAAGCACAAGACAUCUUACAAGGCAUACAGUCCCAUUCCCUCCAAAAAGUUUAAACAUGACCGUUCAAGAUCCCCUUCUGUGGAUAAAGAGAGGCAAGCUGAUUGGCUACAGUCUCUGGCUGCAUCUGCAAAUAAGGAUCUUAAGCAGCUCCAGUUUAAGCAGAGACCCUCUGCCUUCAGGCCCUGGUCUCCCAGAGUUCCCUCUGAGAAAGAGACACCUAGCCACAAGUACGAAAGAUCACUCACAAACGGACAAGACAGCCUGGCGAACCGAAAUGUUUCUCUGCCCAUUGCCACAUUUAAAAAUAAUGAGCAGCCACUGCACCGAUUUACUCACCCCAGCGAGAGCCACAACACAGGCAAGACGGAGAGCUUUAGGCCAAGAAAGAGGUGGCCAUCUGCAGAGAUGAAGUCACAGCCGGUGGCCAUGACCUCUCUGCCCACUCCAGUUGUACGACAGCAGCUUCAGGAAGAUGAUGAUUCAAAUGCAAAAAUCGAGGUUGACAACUGUGAUGAAGUUCCUAUCUCCAGUCCCUUGAUGUCUCCUUCCUUUAUUGGUGGUGUAGGAGUGAUGAACCUAAGCAGUCACAGCCCUGCAGAGAUGCAUGAUGGGAAAGUAAAACUAGGGGCGGCCCCUUGCUCUGAGCUGGAGGCCCUGAGGCAGAUGCUGAGCAGUGAUCUGAGCUCUAAAGAGGCCAAAGAGAGGUUCCUACAGGACAUUGUUCGAAUGAGAGUUAAGCAAGAGGAGAAACUAGCUGCCGCUAUGCAAGCCAAACGAAGCCUUCAGCAGGAGCUGGAGUUUGUAAGGGUGACCAAGAAGGGCAGGCUGAGGGAGGCCAUCGAAUCAAAGCGGAACCUGAGGAAGGAGAUUGAGCGCCUCCGUGUGGAGUGUGAGCAGAAGGUGCGAGAUGCCAAUGAGUCCUGUGGCAGACUGAAGAGAGAGCUGGACAAAGAGAGACAUAUCCGUGUGUGUGAUAAAGGCUGUGAGGCAGGACGCCUGAGAGCCAAGUAUUCCUCCCAGAUUCAAGAUCUGCAGAUGAAGCUCCAGCAAGCAGAAGUGGACCGUGAACAUUUGCGAGAUGUUCUGCAGAAGGAGCAAGAAGCCCGAAAGAAUCUGGAGAGAGUCAUCAAAGAUCUCAAGGAUCAACUGGGUCACACGGCAGAGAUGGAGGAGCACAGUAUCCCAAAGUCACAGACAACUGAGAGAGAGAAUAAAGAAAUUCGACAUGAAGAAGAUGUAUCUUAAAUGUUAAGAGCAAAACAUAUACAGUAUAUGGCUAUAGAUGAAGACUUUUGAUUUGAGGACGAUGAAAAGACGCCUCUAAAUCAAACGCAUACAUGAAAAAUGUACGGGAGCAAAGGAGAAUGCAAUGAAAAACAAGCAUAUUACAAUGUACGUUUACCAAUACCAAUGGAAACAGUAACAGUACUAAAUGAACUCCACAGAAAUAACUGGAAAGACGUUUAGUCGAAACCAUGAGAGCAGGACGUUCAGAGAUGGUGGCUUUGCGUGGAGUGGACUCGCCUUCAGUUAGCUUCUUGAGCUAAUCUAAGGAAUUUAUUUUGUUAUAAGCUAUUUAAAAAUGUUGCAAAGAUACUUGAAAAUUUGGGAAACGAGAGUGUUUUCUUUUCACAUUAAGUUGACAAUAGCAGAUGACCUGCUAGUGCCACUGAUACUCUGUAAACUAGAAAGUGUUACAAGCCAGAACUACACAUACUGUAGGACACAGGUGUUGUCAUUAUGAUGUUUCUCUCGCUUUCAUUUCCUUUUUUGUUGUUGUAUUGAAAUAGUUUGCAUGAGCAACAGUGCUAUGGUGCAGCAAAGCUUAAUAAUUAUAAACUUGCAUUCAGAUGAGCUUAUUAUCUUCAUAUUUUUAAAUAAUCUUUUACUUAAAACCCUAUAGUGUUGGCAACGAUCAAUAUGGACUCAACUCUACAGUCUGUCCUAAACAUCAGUAUAUUAUGCAAGUAUUACUUUUAUACAUUAAUAACCAGUUUUCACUGUAUAAAACAGUCAAAAAGAACAUUACGGCACAGUUGUCAACAUGUUUGUGCUCCAUGAUCCCUUUUGGAUUUGGUUGUUUUUAUAGUGGAUUGAAUGUUUUUGUUGAGUACAUCAGAAUUAGUGAACGCUCAAGUGACAAACAUCCAUUUUUAGUCACUGGUUGUAAGACUCAUUAAUGAAAAGAAAAAAACGGAUAAUUAUUUAACAUUUCUACUUAUAUCGAAAAUAAGGAUAUAUAUUUUUUUACUUUCUACCAAAAAAAAAAAAGAAUUGCACUUUUAAGAAAAAAAGAUAGUUGUACUGUGUAUUUGAAGCCCUCUUAUGUUUUCUUUCUCUUCAAAUCUCAGACAACAAGUAUUGAUUAAAGAAGUUUUCCUAAAAUUGUUGCAUAUGUGAAUACCAUUUAAACAUAAAAACACUAAAUAAGGUAGCUUGCUUUACACUUCACUUUAAAUGCUUUUUUCUCCAAGCCAAAAUGUAUGCCAUAUGUAUGAAAUAAUGUUACAGAAAAAUGAAUUUCUCCUAUAAUGUUUUCAACUAGAGGACAUUUACUGUAUAGAAAUUCUUAUGUAAAAUGAACAAAAACAAAGAUUAUUAUAUUUCUGAAUAAUUUUAGUCCCUUUGGAAAUCACUUUAUAUAAUUACCAAAGCAAAGAUUCACAUUUUGAGAUUCCUGGUGGAUUGAUAUGUGACUGAUAAACUGUAAAGAAUAUUUGAUGAAUUUUUAAUGAUCUUUUAUCUUCAUUACCCCCAUCUUGAAUAAAACCUGCCAUAAUACAUAUGCUAACCUCUCCAUCACUCUAUAUUUAUUCUGGGUGACUUUUGACUUCCCAUUCUAUAUAAAGAGAUCUGUAUGCUUGCCUAUGUCAGUUUUUAACCGCUUGAUGUUUUAAUGCGUCAUACUAGAUAUAUGCAUUGUGUUCAGGGUCUUGUCAUAGUUUUGGUUUUGGUGUGGGUCAUUUUCAUCAUUUGUUUUAAUGUUCCCCCACAUAUAAUAGCAUUAAACAGAAU